UUCGUCGAGAUGUUGGACACCAUGUGGCCGCCGCCGCCGUUGCUGAUGUUGCUGUUGCUGAUUCUAGGGGGACAACAGCUCCAGGCCUUCGACUACUGCGAUCCAGCUUUGUGUCCUGGUCCCGAGAAGCACAUAGCCUGCAAUAAUUUUGGGAGGCUAGCGGACAGCUGUAGUCCGGAUGCGCAUGUGGUGCGGAUGACUACGGCCCGCCGCACUAUGAUCCUCAACGAGCUGAACGAAUAUCGCGAUAAGGUUGCUCGAGGCGAUCUCGUGGGCUUCAGCCCGGCCACCCGGAUGGCCACGCUGCAGUGGGACCAGGAGCUGGCCAGUUUUGCCGAACUGAACGUUAAGCGCUGCGCCCUGGUCAACGAUCAUUGCCGGAACAGCGAGCAAUUUCGCAACGUGGCCCAGGUAGUAGCCGAGGGCGGCUGGGACCGGGAUCCCAUUGAAGACCCGAACCACCCCCAUCCAGGUCCCGUGGUUAACCACCCCGAGGACGAGGUGAUCAAGGCAACGCUUGUCCAGAUGUUCGCCGAGUACAAGGAGUGUAGCAUGCGUGAUAUCUUCGCCUUCAGUCCGCCCACCAACAGAAUUCUUCGUUUGCGGAUCAGCAGGUGCUAUGCCUUCUUCACACAGCUCGUCCGGGACAGCACCACCCAUGUGGGCUGCGGCAUUCUUCGGCAGACACUCAAUACCACCAACGAGGCCGGGCAGUGGGUGGCCAAUGUCCAUCAGUACAUGACCUGUAACUUUAACCGGGCGGACGACGUCAAUGCUCCGGUCUACCAGAGCGGCGACCGACCGGCCACCGAAUGUCGCAGCGGACGCAACCCCGUCUUCCUCAACCUGUGCUCCGUCAAUGAGCUCUAUGGCAGUGCCAACCUGCAGGGAUUCUUGUGAACUGGAGCGGGAGGGGGGAGCAGGCUUAAAGCAGGCCAAUCCAUCAGUUUUACAGACACAAAAAUUACUUAAAUAAAUAAAGGAGAUAAAAAAAUACCUAAUUAAAUAAUAUAUAAUACCAAGUAAGGCGGCAAAAAAGGUCCUUGCUAAAGUGGAUAUGCUUGGGUUAGGAUAGGUCCUUUGAAAAGUUUUUAUAUCUCAGGACUUCUUCUAAAUCAACACUGCAAAAUCACAUUAAAUUAACUUACACAUUCAAUUUAAUAGUUUACAUUUUUUAAGGAAUUUACAAUUAGCUAAUGACAAGCGAUAAAUGUAUUUAAAAUGAUUUUAAUUAUUUUUCAACAUUUUCUCUUUGUCCCUGGCAUAUUUUUUCUCAAUUUUUUUCCCCACACAUUUUUUUUAUAUAUUUUAUAUUUAUAAUAUCAUUGCCAUCAAAUAUGUCAAUAGCAAGUCUCUUUGUUUGGCAAAUACAAUUAGGAAUAAGCUGAUAAGUUGUGCAAAUAAAAUACUAUUUUGUGGUGGCUGCCAAAAAGAAA